UCCUGAGAACUCCGUCAUGACAUCAUCGUCAUCCGAUUCCCGAACAGCUGCAGGAAUCCAGUUGCGUUGGAGUGGACGAUGGACAUUGCUGCAAGCGCAGCUCUCCAGACCUCCUGCGCUCGAAUGCUGAGGAUUCCUGUGUGGCCAAAUUGAUCUUGUGUUGUUAGCGCGCUCGUCUCUUUGUCAUCCAUCUUCCAGGGUGUUCUGAGGAACCAGGGACAGCCCUUUUCAAGUGAAGGAGAGUUUAAGACUCCUGCGCAUUGCCAUUUGCUUGUUUAGAACCCGUUUCGCGUCUCCAAUUUGUGGAUUAUGACCCUGGACACUGAUUUAAUGGAUGACCUCGUUGUGGACGUGGUUGGAGAGGGUGGCAAGGAGUCUGGAGACGAACAUCUUUCGACCUCCGCUCUUUCUGCAUCCGACCAGGUACAUAAGAAGGAGGAUAAGGACCACGUCCCAUCUUCCAUAUGUCCCUCAAGCUCGAGCAAGAGCGCUUCGGUGAAACCGCCCUAUUCCUACAUCGCUUUGAUCACCAUGGCCAUCCUCCAGAGCCCAAAGAAGCGUCUGACCCUCAGCGAGAUAUGCGACUUCAUCAGCCACCGGUUCGUCUACUACCGAGAGAAGUUCCCAGCCUGGCAGAACUCCAUCCGACACAAUCUCUCCCUAAACGACUGCUUCGUGAAAAUGCCACGCGAGCCCGGUAAUCCCGGGAAAGGGAAUUACUGGACUCUGGAUCCUAAUUCAUCAGAUAUGUUUGAGAACGGAAGCUUCCUGAGGAGAAGGAAGCGAUUUAAGCGGCAGUACUUCAAAUUUGGCGUGUUUAAAGAUCAGGCGCUGCAGCCCAAUGGCUUUCCUAACCUCGGCUACGGCGCGUACGGGCUCAGCGCGUCCUGCGCUCAUUUACCGGGACUGGAUAUCUACCCGUUUGGCUUCCAUCAACCCAUCGCCGUGCCACCUGUUGGUAGCAUUUUACCGGCGCUGUCCACGCUUUUCUCGAGGAACUCAGUCACAGCCAAGUCUUUCCCACAGUCUCAAACUGUGGCCAUGGAGCCUGUCACCCCCGGCCUCGCCAGCGCAAUGGCCCCAACCUCUCCAUACGCGUCCUCAGCACUGUUCAAUCCAGUGGGCUUCCCUCGGGUCCUUAAUUUUCAGUACGAGUACCAGAAGCUGCAAGAUGUGCACAACCACGUGGAUUUGUCCACUAAACACAGACACCUGGCUAGCGUCAAUGACUAGCAGCGCAUAAUAUUUGGACACGAAACUAUAGUUUUUUUUCUUCUUCUUUUUCUUCUUCUUCUCAGGAAUCAUUUCAUUUAUCCCGAGGUAUAAAAGUGUGUAGAGCAUCGCGUCGAAUGUUUUCGAAUAUUUUAAGGAACUUCUGAGUUUUUAAUUUCUGUCAGGUGUUGAAGUGUUACAUGCUGAAACUGUUUAUUGAUGCAUGUUAUUUUAUUGGAAUGAUUAAAUAUCGAACGAAUCGACUAUUUAAAUGACGAAUUUCCUUUUCGCGUUUUGACGGAAAUAAAAUUGACUUCUUUAAAUGGACAAGAAAUGUCAUGAUUUGUUCAUGAUUUGGCGUGAACAAGAAAUACAACCAGAAAACGGUUAUAAGAUUAUGUUGUAAAACAAAUUGCGUUUUACAAAAUUUCUCUUUAAAUGUGCUGUAAAUACAGUGCCAUUAUUUUCCAGACGUGUCCCACUCAUUUCUCAACCAGGAUAAUAAGCAACCACCCAAAAAAAGGUAAGAUCAGGUAAGAUAUCGAUUGCUAACUUUUUUUUUUUUAUUCAUUAACUGUUAUUAUUCAUCAUCACAUUUCCAAUAAUGUGAAUUAUUCUCAUUACUAUGAAUGAAAAAUUAGGAAUUAUGAUAACUAUGAUACACAUAGGCAUAAAUAAACACAACUUUGUUGUGUGUGUGUGUGUGUGUGUGUGUGUGUGUGUGUGUGUAAG